AUGUCCUCUGUUGGAUCAGCCAGCUCCAAAGCAGAAUCCACCACUGCAAUGCCUCCCAUUGUCAAUGGCGCGCUCACCAUUAACGGCUAUCGCUUCAAAUCAGCAACUCUUUCCAACCUAGGGCACGCUGGCACUGUCGACUACUUCUAUGGCUACAAAUUGUCCAACAAAUCACCUGUGGUUGCCAAAGUUUCCACCAAUGCGUUUCAAUUGGAACGUGAAUUCUAUGUCAUCAAGAAAUUGUAUCAAAAGGAUGAAGCACCUUUAUAUCUAGUACGCCCGAUUCAAUUUGUCAGUUUACCAAGUGGGCUUAGAGUAGCCAUCUAUGCAAACGAAGGUGAUGCAUUAGGUCAACAUCUUGUUUCUGAAAAUGACACGUGUACAACAACAACAACGACGACAACAACAACGACAUCUCACCAUGACGACAACAAACAACCAUGUCCUUUUGCAUCCUAUAUUGAUGACAUUGGAGAAUUUCUUCGACUUGCUAUCCAAUGCACCGAUUGCCUUGAAUUCAUCCAUCGUCAUGGUGUUAUUCAUGGUGAAAUACGACCCACCGCUUUUCAAUGGGUGGAUGAUGGCAACAACAAAACACGGUUGAAAUUAUGGAAUUUUGGUUCAGCCUCGAAACCACUCGACACGUAUUUGACAAUGGAAGGAUGGCGUAGGGCGGCCACCAGCAAGGAGACGAUGAAGAUUCUACAAGAUUUACUUGUAUGCAUCAGCCCCGAGCAAACAGGACGCACCACGUAUUCCGCCAGCCAUCGCUCCGAUAUUUAUUCCCUUGGCAUCUUGUUCUAUGUCCUGCUCACAGGUCGUAAUCCUUUCGAUGGCGGGCCCAUCGAAAUCAUCAACAGCAUUGUCAGCCGCAAGAUCACUCUGAUACACGAUUUACGACCCGAUGUUCCCGAAGUGCUCUCAAGAAUCAUUGAAAAGAUGACAAACAAGGCACCUGAUGAUCGUUACGUCAGUGCACAUGGUGUCCGAGCCGACCUUGCAGAAUGCCUCAAACGUCUUAGCACAACAGCAUCUUCAUCAUCCGAUCAACUUAUACCCUCUUUUCCUUUGGGACAACGCGACAUUGCAUCUGUUUUCACGCUGCCAAAAUCCAUCUACGGGCGACAAAAAGUGCUAUCCCAAAUGACUUACUUUGUACAACGUUUCAUGGGAACCCACAAAUCGGUUCAAGCUAUGCUGGCCCCUGCAUCCAAUUCCACUCCGACAACGACAGGUGGCACCACCACAGAUUCCAUGAGUGAUUUUUCUGGAGGAGGACAUGAUGGCAAUAAUAACGUUGCAACAACAACAGCAGCAGCAGCUAAAUCGACAACAUGGCAAACAACAGCUGAAAUGAAAGAAAAGGCUUUUGGUACUGGCAAUGUAAGGCAAGCAACAACCAUUGUUGGUAUCUAUGGCCCUGGUGGUAUAGGCAAAUCCACGGUCUUUUUAUCGGUUCAGGCUACUGCAAGGCAAUAUGGCUAUGUGUCAUCGAUCAAGUUUGACUCCAGGACAAAUACACCUUAUGGGGGGUUCAUUCGCUCCGUGUCACAGAUCCUUCAGCAGAUAUUGUCUGAACCUGAGGAAGAGACCAAGCUGUUCUCAGAAUAUUUCAUAUCAUCCCUUGGUGCCCAAUCUUGCAACAUUCACCUUUUGAUCAACCUUAUACCUGAGCUUCGAUCCUUGUUGUAUCCCGACGACGUCAAGAAAUCCAAUGUUAAAGAAGGUGUUGAUGAUGAUGGACAAGCGGAUAGCGUUGAAACACGAGUACGGUUCCAAAACUUGUUUGUGGAGGUCAUUCGUUCCAUUAGCAAUUGGCACCUCCUGACACUGUUUUUCGAUGACUUGCAUCUUGCAGAUAUUUCGUCUAUUGAAUUGAUUCAAUCAUUGGUUGCUGCACGCGUGCCAUUACUUUUGUGUGUCUCCUAUCGUGACAAGGAGGUAACACAACCACUCGCCGAGCUCCUUGCCAAUGACGCAGCUGACACGCACCUGAUCCAAGUGGAUGCACUCGAUAUGGACUCGGUGAUCGAUUUCCUGUGUGACACUUUACAUCGACCACGUGAUGUGAAUCGACAAGCGAUCGAGCCACUUGCAGAGAUCGUGUAUAAGAGGACCAUGGGCAAUGCUUUUUACGCAGCACAAUUGAUACGCGCAUUGGAACGAAAAAAGUUGAUUUACUUUGAUCAUGACAAGAACGAGUGGGAUUUUCAACUUGAAGAAAUUCAAAAAGGCACUGGAUUGCAGGGUGGUAUGAUGGAACCAGAUUCGCUCUUGGAUGUUUCAUUUUUGGUGGCACGAUUGAAAGAGCUACCACGUAAUGGGCAACAGCUGCUAAAGUAUGCAUCCUUUGUUGGUGACACCUUCUCAUGGAGUACGGUGCGAGAUCUCAUGUUGGGCAGUGAUGUGGAAGAUGAUACUGGAAGCAGUGAAGGAUCGUUGAGCAUUAUUUCAGAAGAAUCGGAUACAUCAUCACGACAAGAAGGCAUUACGGUGACUUAUCAACCCGCUGAACAACCAACAACAACGGCAACAACAACGGCAACUAAAAGUGGUGGCAUGCGAUCGGAUACCAGUAGUACAUUGCCUUCGCUCACUGAUAAUGACGAAAGUGGUACAAUGACCUACUACAGCAGCAGCAGCAGCGCCACUGGUAGCAAGCAAAAAUUACGUGCCUUGACAGGCGAAUAUCCUUCCUCCAGCUCUUCUCGUUCAUCAUCAUCAAAAGACCCUCUCAAUGGUUUACAUGCUGUUCUUCAAGAAGGUUACAUCAUUCCUAUUCAAAGCGAUGAGUUCAAGUGGUGCCAUGAUCGAUUAUCACAAGCUGCCAUGGAACUUGCUGAUCCUGCCACACGUAGUAAAAUUCAUUUUCGAGUGGCUCAACGAUUGAUGAAAGAGUCGACACCCAAUCCAUUCCUUAUCGCUGACCAUUUAUUGAAAUGCAUGGACAUUCUCAAAACAAUGGACGACAACGAGCGCUAUAAGAGUAUCUUGGUGACGGCAGGCAACAGAGGUCGUGCUUCGGGAGCACAUACCAUGUCCUUCAGCUACUUUAUGGGAGCCAUUCGACUAAGCAAACCACAAAUCGAUUGGGAUGAUGAGCAUUAUACGGCAACAUUGAACCUUUACACCAAUGCGGUCUCGCUCAGUUGGGUGGUUGGAGAAUAUGACAAGACCGAGGAAUUAUUACAUGAGAUCUUUUUAAAGGCUCGCCAUCCUUUGGAUCGUAUGACAGGCUAUCGGAUCAAGUCCAAGUAUCUCUUCAGCAUACAGCAAUUCGACAAGGGCCUGGAUGCAUUGAUAAGAUGUUUGUACGAUCUUACUGGCAAAGAGGUUCAGUUUAAAGCGUCCCGGGAAGAGGUGGAUGAAGCCUAUGAUCAAGUGGACGCCCUUGUCAAAAAGAUUGGCAUCGACAAUAUAUCGAAUGUGGGAGCAUGUGAGGAUCCACUUGUAAGAGGUAUCAUGUGGAUAUUAGAGGAAGUAUGUACCGUGGCUUAUUGGAUUGGGGACAAGAUUACAAUGUAUUAUUGGGCGUGUCAACUCCUCAAAUUAUCCAUGGAGCAUGGAAUGUCCAAUGUAUCGGGUGCCGCAUUCACAUUUAUUGGUCUCGGAUACGUGGAAGUGUAUCGUCGGCAUAGCUAUGCAGAGAGGAUAGGCUAUGUGGGCAUUGAAGUUGCGGAUAAAUACAGCACUAUUUACGAGAAGGGGCGGAUCUACUUUUUAUAUACGCUAUUUCUUCUUCAAUGGAAGACGCAUUGCCGUGAACAGCUUGACUGGUACAACAAAUCCUAUCCGACAUGCGUAUCAGCCGGUGAUCGCAUUUAUGCAGCUUACAGUCAGCUCCAUAUCGCCGUUACAAAAUUCUUGUGCGGAUACAACGCCGACGAGGUUGCUCCUGUUGCCGACGAAUGUUACAAUGAAGCACGCAGCUGGUCAUCGGCAUCCAACACCAAUCUUAUGGCAUCGGGUAUGGUACGCGUGGUGAAGGCAUUGCAAGGACGCACCUAUACCGAUACCCCUCAUGUCUUUGAUGGCGACGAUGGAUUCAACGAUGAGCAUUUUGUCGGCGAGUGCUACAAAGAGAGUACCCAUCCAAAGGUGCCCCACAGUUGGUACGCAUCGUUCAAGCUCAUUGCGCUAGUAUUGUACGGCCAUAUCGAUGCAGCUAUUGAAACCGGCUACUUUUGCUUUGAGAAUAUCGACUCGCAUCCUUGUCACAAGCAUCUACGCGUCAUGCUCUGCUAUUUCUCGUUGGCCUUGGUUGCAAAGUUACGUGACGAUCCUGAUGAUUUAUCGCCCGAGCAGCGUGCAACAUACCGAAAGCAGAUCGAGAUCAACCAACAACUCAUUGAUGACUGGGCGAUUCAUAGUCAUAUCAACUACCGAAUGUAUUGGACAUUUGUGGAAGCAGAGCUUGCUGCUAUGGAUGAUAAGAACGACCUCACUCGCACCAUCGAAUUAUACGAAGAAGCAUUGGAACAGGCACGUGAAGGCGAUUGGCUUCUGGAGAUCACCGUCAUCAAUGAAUUUGCUGGUGCGGCGUAUGAGCGGAAAGGCCUUCGCAAUAUGGCUUUUGGUUUUAUCAAUAAGGCUGUUGAUUUGUAUCAAGAACGAGGAUACCAUGGCAAGGUUAAGCACCUCAAAGCGAAGCAUCGCAAAUUGUUGGGUCGUUAUGGAGACAAGCGGGACACCAGUCAUGAAGCCGGCGUUCAAACAGAUGCAAUCCCAUUUAUCGGUGAACAAGCGUGGAGCACUUCAUCGCAUGAUACACCCAAUGUUGCCAACCAACCUUAUACCGGGACAACCAUUCCACCUGUCAUGUCGGAUCAAACGUUGAUGACAUUGGAUAUCAUUGAUAUGACUUCCAUCCUCAAGAGCUCCCAUGUCAUGUCCUCUGAAGUCAAGUUUGAAGGAUUGUUGACAUCCAUGAUGAACAUUCUCCUUGACAGCACGGGUGCCGAAUGCUGUGCCGUCAUUACUGAAGCCGACAAGGAAUUUGGCGUCAGCGCUUAUGCCUCACAAGAAAAGGGAACGAGUACCUAUGAAUCGCCACGACCUAUUAUGGAAGAGGAUGACCAGAUCUCGGCACGUGUGAUCCAUCACACUCGGCAUACCAAAGGAAGCAUCUUUAUCUAUGAUGUGGCCCAAGAUCCACGUUUUGCUAUUGGUCCUUGGUUUGAUCGUGUUGGCCCUUGCUCCAUUAUUUGUAUGCCCAUUGUUCAUAAGGGGGAUCUUAUGGGCUGUUUGUUCAUGGAAGGUCCCGUGGGUAUUUUCACUCAACGCCAUAUCUCCGUUCUUGCCCUCCUGUGUCAACAAAUGGGUAUCUCGAUUGCCAAUGCAAAUCUCUUCAAAUCAUUACAAAGGUUUUCCACGGCAAAUGCAAAGAUGGUUGAAAUGCAAAAGCAGUCAAUGAAGGAAAUCAUUCGUAGCAAGGAAGCAGCUGACAAGGCAACUCGUCUCCGUGAAAUGUUUUUGGCAAACAUGAGCCAUGAAAUACGAACACCAUUUGCCAGUUUUUAUGGCAUGAUUACAUUGCUUUCAGAGACAAGACUGGAUGAACAGCAAUACGACAUGGUGAUGGUGGCAAAGGAAUCAUGUGAAACAUUGCUACGUUUGAUCGAUGAUCUCCUCAACUUUUCCAAGCUACAAGCAGGCAAAGUGACCUUGGAACUUGCUCCUAUGGUGGUGGAAGACGUUAUUGCUGAUGUGAUUGAAAUGCUUACCGGCAUGGCUAUGCAAAAGAGGUUGAACUUGACCCAUAUUAUCGCCCAUGACGUCCCAUCAGUGAUUAUCUCAGAUUCUAAUCGACUACGACAGAUCCUUAUCAACCUCCUUGGCAAUGCAAUCAAAUUUACGCACGAGGGUGAAGUCGUGAUCCGAUGCUCGGUGGAGAACGCUAACAGCAACAGCAAUGAUGGCAAGCUACUAUUGCGUUUCGAAGUCAUUGACACGGGUAUCGGCAUCACCAACGAACAACAAAAAGCGUUAUUUGUGCCAUUCUCACAAGUGGAUGGAAGUACAACGCGAAAAUACGGUGGCACUGGAUUAGGAUUAUCGAUUUGUCUUCAGCUUGUUGAUUUGAUGUCUGGAAAGAUUGAGCUGGACAGUGUGCCUGAUCAAGGAUCCAAUUUUCAUUUUACGAUCCCCACGUCGACGAGCCCUGAAACAUCAAGAAUGCACGAUGCAACGCUUUCCAAUCUUACAAAAGAGCUGAGGAACAAACGAGUGCUAGUGACGAGUAGGCACAAAUCUACGAGCGAUAUGAUUCGGGCUAUGCUUCGUGAUGUCAAUGUCGAUUGCGUCAACAAUUUGGAGGAGUUGCGAGCUCUUGAUCCAACCUACUAUUCGAUCAUCAUUGUUGGCGUAUUCUUUGUACAAGUGCCUGACUUUGAAUUAUGGAUGAAUAUGCAUGAUGAAUUCUUCAAGCAUGUUGAAUGCGUGAUGGUGGUACACUAUCCAAGCGGAAUUUGGACCCGAUUAGGAAGCAACACGACAUUUGAUCGAUCCACUAUGCUGGUGCCUUCUAUGGCAUCCACUUUUGCUACCGAUAAUCCCAGGCAACUACAACAAUCACUCGACAAGGAUAAAGAACUUAUGGAAGCAACAGCAACUACAUCAACCAUUGUCACCAAUCACCUCAAUCAACCAGAGCUACAAUGUCGUAACACAGUGUCACGCAUCUCCUUACCAUUCCGUCGACAACGGCUAUUACAGAACCUUGUUGACACUCUACAGCAGUGCGGCAAUAGAGAGGCGGCUUCACUUGCAACCUAUGAAGAAACCCCAUCAGCACAUGCAUCAUCAUCAUCAUCAUCUUUUCCAGUGAAACAACCUAACAAACCUCACAGCACUCGUCCAGCUCUCCCCCUUCGAAAAACAACAUCAGGCAACCUUCCAACAAUAUCUGAGGAGCAACGUGAGAUCUUUAGCACCAAGCAUAUCCUUAUAGCAGAAGAUAACGCCGUAGCUCAAAAGCUAUUAUACAAGCAGCUGACGCGACUCUCUCUCAAUGUGGAGUGUGCCAAUAAUGGUAUGGAAGCCAUUGAGACAUGGAAACAGCACCCACCGGCUUAUUUCACAUUGGCGUUCUUUGAUCAUCACAUGCCCAAGUGUGAUGGUGUGCAAGCGACCAAAAUUAUACGAGAUAUGGAAUCCACAGCAGACCCUCCUAUUCCACGUCUUCCAAUUAUUGCAGUAACGGCUGAUAUCCAAGAUUCCGCACGUCAAACAUGUAUGAAAGCCGGCAUGGAUGCGUAUAUGACCAAGCCUGUGAAUCAGCAGAAGCUCCUAGACACACUUUUGUAUUACUGUAAAAACGCACCACGGUAG